CACAGGUCUUCCCAAAUUUCCUUAAUUUCGUCAUUCCUCUACUGAUUUGAAUCUCCCCGUUUACGCAUGCACAACACGAGUUCUGUCCGAAGUUCAGAUCGAGAAUGAGCCAGCAACAGCAACUGCAGAGGUCGCGGAUCCAGCAGGAUCCCAUCACUUAUGGUGAUGUGUUCAACGUGCAGGGCAAGCUGGCCGAGAAGCCAAUCACACCCACGGAUGCCUCCAUGAUGCAGAGGGCCGAGACCGCCCUUCUUGGCUGGACGCAGAAAGGCGGCACAGCUGCCCUCAUGCAAUCUGCUGCCUCGCAGAAUGCAAGAUCUCAUAUUGUUUCGGGCGGCGGCGGCAGCGGCGGCUCCUCCCGUGUAGAGGUCGGUGAUGGUGCAGGUGACCGGGAUGCGAUAACCAUAGGUGAAGCACUGGAAGCAGCUGCUCUGACGGCCGGUCAGAAGCUGGUGGAAAGGAGUGAUGCAGCGGCGAUCCAGGCAGCAGAAGUGAGAGCCACAGGCCGCACCACCAUUGCUCCUGGCGGAGUUGCAGCCGCUGCCCAAUCGGCUGCAAACCUUAAUGCUAGGACUGCCUCGGACGCAGACAAGGCCAGACUGGUCGAUGUUCUAUCGGAUGCGGCGUCGAAGUUGGCAUCGGAUUAGAAGGUAACGACGAGAGAUGCAGAGGGAGUGACCGGGGCUGAGAUGAGGAACGAUCCCGACCUUACCACUCACCCUGCCGGCGUUUCCGCCUCCAUGGUGGCCGCCGCCAGUCUCAAUCGGGAGAGCUGAAUUACUGACAACAAGAGGCCCCCAACAAUUUGCAGAUUCCCUUUGCUUUAAUUAUAUUAAAUCACAUUGUUAUUUAAUUUUGUUGAUUCUGAUUAUGAAUUAGAGACUCUGAGAGCAGCGUGUGCAAAGGUUGAAUAAAGUGUUUUUAUUUUUUAUUUUUUAA